UACUUUUAUAUAUAUGCAGAAUAAUUCUAAUUUGUAUCUUCUUAAUUUCUAAAAACGGCAUCUAAGAAGCAGGUUUCACAGUCAUUUCGUUUUUUAAUUCCAUUUAAGUUUUAAAUAAUAACUUGAAAAAGUAUUUAAAAAAUACAAUUAUGGCAAAAUAUAGCAUAUUAUAUCAACAAUUUGUAAUAAUAUUAUUGUAUUUUAAUUUACCAGAAGUAUAGAAUUUGAAAGGUGAUUAAAACACAAUGUCAAUUAAAAAUGGUGUAUUGUCUUCUACUGUCACUAAUCUUUGAAAUAAAAAUUCUUGAGUGACAAUAGAAUAAUACAUGGAUGUAUAUGUCUUACCAAUUUUAUUGAUUUUACAUUAUGAAGAAAGAAAUUUGUUAAAAAAGAAGAGAUAGAAUUCAAAUUUAAAAGUAAAUUUCUUCUCUUUCUUUUUACAAAAACUUCCUUAUUCUCAGUACUAAUAAAAUCUCAUAAAAAUCCAUAAUUUUCAAAGAUAAAAAUUAAAUUUUAUUUAUUCAAAAAAUUCCACGGAUUUUCUCAGCAUUCUCAUUUUCAAUGAACAAAAUCGGUUGGCGCGUUUUACAAGAGGAAACAAAUACACUGUCGGCCUAAUUUUAGAAUCCAUCGUAUUCGCGUCUCCAUUUUGCGACGAGGAGGCAGAUCCCGCGGAUGUUAAUCACGUUAAACACAAUCAAUCGAUCUCGAUAACCAUUAGCGAGAAUGUCUUUGACGAAAAAGGGAAACGUCUCGCUUGACGAGUUCCGUCGUGCCGUGCUGGACACCGUUUCGCAGGAGGAGCUGCUCGCGACUCGAUUUGCGAGGCUAUCCGCGUCGGGUGACAGGCGAGGAAUGGUCGAGACGCUUGUGGAAAUGCCCUGCGUGGUGGGCCUGAAACCGAGCGACUCGUACGAGGGUAAGAGCGAGGCGCGGGCCGCGUGGCUGUACGAGAAGUCGCUCGGGGCGACGAGCACAGAGCCCAGGGAUGACGCGGAGCAGGAGAUUAGAACUUGUAAUAUUCUCACGCAAGCACUGUUUGCGGCCAGUGCGAACGGUAGAGUGUUUCUAGAUGCGAUCUCCGAGCGCGCCAGACGCUUCUACAGCCGGCGCGUUUACGCGAGCUGCCUGCGGGACUGCGAAUGCAUGCUGGCGCUUCCCGUGAGCUUCUAUGACGGCUCCGCGGAGAAUGUCCGGGAUUACGUGCAACGUAGGAAGGAAUGUCUUCAGCUAGAGCGGGAGUGCUCCCGUAAGUUGGAAGCCUCUACGUCCUCCAGGAAACGUGGCGCCCGUGGAAGGACAUCCUCCUCCUCCUCCUCUUCUUCCUCUUCCCGUUCUUUUUCCAGCAACACAUUGCCCACCGUCAAUGGCAAGCCGCACAGCAGUCUUACGAGCUGCUCGGAUGGCGUUGAGCUGCGGUUUGACGAGGCCAGGGGCCGGCACCUCGUAGCUACGAGGGACAUCAAACCGGGAGCUGUGCUCAUUGUCGACCGGCCGUUCUCCUUUAGCACGGAUGCACCAGCUUUCGGCAGGAAUUGUUUGCAUUGCCAUGCCACACUUAAAUUAGAAGACAGCGUUAAAAUCCCAUGCCGCGAUUGCCAAACAGUGGUCUUUUGUACCGAGGCGUGUCGCAAGGAGGCUUGGAAGACGUACCACCGAUACGAGUGUCCGAUAUUCAAUUACUUUGUUGAAAAUUUGUUGAACAACGAACGCCAGCAGCAAACGUCUUAUCUUUUGCUGGCCUAUCGCACGACAGUUGUACAAGCUCUUGUACGAAACAUUGCAGAGACAACGUGCGAUUUAAAUCUUGAUUUCCUGCGAUAUCACGCUGACAGUAACGCAAAAGAUAACAAGGACGACAUUAACAAAGAGCGCGCGAGCUUGGGAUCGAGGGAGACAUACAGUCCUCUCGAUUAUCGAACGGUAUUCCACUUAGAGACUCAUUGUGCCGAUGUGGAGCCAAACAUGAAUCUCAUUCGCACUGCUGAAGCGAUCUUCCUCGCGAAAUGCCUAAUCUGGGUUCUGGGUAAAAUGGACAUCGUCUGCACGAGGGAAACGCUCAUUUUACUGGCUGUGGCUAUGCUGCAUCAUUUACAGGCGAUUAAUUGCAACGCGUACGAGAUCGUCGAGAAUGUCCACGACGAGGCGACACACGUCUGGGACCCCAGAAAUGUCGGUGCCGCGAUCUACUCUACAGUCAGCCUCGUGAAUCAUAGCUGUUAUCCGAACGUGGUCCGCCACUCUUAUCCAAAUGGAAUAGUCGUAGUCAGGGCAUUGCGCUUCAUCGGCAAGGGAUGUGAGAUACUCGAUUGCUACGGGCCUCAUUUUCUCAGCGAGAAUAAAUUGAACAGGCGUGAGAUUCUGUGGAAGAAAUACCGAUUCCUGUGCGGAUGCGUUGCCUGCAAGCAAAACUGGAAAUUUCCGUUGUCCGAUGCAAUAACGAGUUAUAAGUGUACGGCGUGCACGGAACCGAUAGAUUUUUCGACAAACGUAACGAAUCAGCAGUGUAUAAAGUGCAAAAAACUUGUCGAUUUGAAAAGAAUCGAAAAACAUUUUCGUAAAUCGAUUCAAAAAAGACUGAGUGCCAUCGCGAAAAUGUAUCGCGGCGAUUAUCGAGACGCGAUGCCUUUGUUAUUCGAGCACGCGGACUUUGUCAAUAAACAUUUGGUCGAGCCGAAUAUUGAAGGUAUCAAAACAGAACAGUGUAUCGUCCAAUGUUACAAUUCUCUCGGAUCUAUUUCCGUGUAAUACUCCCUUGGUCAAUUUAAAUUUUAUAACAAUUGUUUACAGUAGUGAAACAUUUAUUUUAAUGUUUAUUCUACAGCUCUGUGAAAAACGCGACGCAAUUCACUAAGAAUAGACUUUCUCAGUUUUCUAUUCUGAAAAAAGAAAUUAUAUGCAAACAACUAAAACUAGCAGAUACAUGGGACAAUGAUCUUUAAUUGCAUUUUCAGUUAACAGUCACUGUAAUGUGAGAUAAUGCAAGAUUAGACUAAGUACUUAAGAAACAUGUAAUUCCCGGUGAUAAAAUAAUACAAAACAAGUUAUUCAAGAAUUAAUCAUUUUUCGUACAAUAGAUCGUCAUCAGCAUACACAUCUAUAGAAUGCCGAGAAUAAAAGAUCGAGCCCGAAUUCUCGUGAAUUAAUCAUCUCGUGAAAUCAAAUGAUACGAUUGAUAUGAACAUGCGUAAGACGUCAUGUCCUUCUGCAUGCUAUAAAAUUGGGUAACGUAUCAGGAUCAUUUUGCGUCUCAAUAGCAAUAUAUAUACCUUACUUGCGUGAGAAAGAAUUAUAUACACAGUGAUUCAUCAUAUACAUUAGUAAAGUACAUCCUUCUCUCAGCUCAGUUCAUUAAAA